AGUUUCUGUUCUGUUUCUGUUAGUUUGUUGUUCUGUUUUCCCUUUUUUGAAUUCUGUGGGUUUAAUCUUCACUUCUUGUUAGAAAUAUGUAACUAGAUUCUGAUCCGAUCUGAUCACACUCUGCUUCAGCUCUAUGGUCUGUAAUGUUUCCGGUCCAAAUCUCUCCUGUUUUUAUUGAUCGGAUCGAUAACAUCAUCGCGGUUGAAAUGAUCUGAUGGUUUUAAGACCUUCUGGAAUGACUGAAUGAACUCUGGAGCUGCAGGCUUUGCACACGGCACCAUCUUGGUCAGGUCCCGCCUCCUGAGACCAGAACAACAACCCGAACCAAAACAACCCGAACCAAAACAACCCGAUCUGUCUGCAGGUUCUGGAAGUUUCCUAAAAAUGUCUUGUCUGUGGGUUUUUCUCUCCUUCCUCCUGUCUGCAGUUUAUUCAGCAACACUCGGUCAGCAGCAGGUGACAGUGAAGCUGGGACAGAGCGUCUCUCUGGAGUGUCUGGGACCGACAGAUGAAGAGGUUCUGCUCUUCACCUGGACCAAAGUGGGUCUGGACUCGGAUCACCUGUUUUUCUACCGUAACGGUCGCUCAUACGAGUCGUACCAACACGAGUCCUUCAGAGGACGAGUGGACCUGAGGAGCUCCCUGGAGGACGGAGACUUCUCUGUGGUUCUGCACAACGUCAGCAGGACGGAUGAAGGAACGUUUCACUGUGUGAUCGUCACCAAGAGGUCAGGAGGUCAAAGUGGAAACCUUCAGUCGUUUGUCAACCUGACCGUCUCAGGUGAGGCUCCAGCUGUGGAUCCUUCAGGAAGUGAUGAGGAGCAACAGGAUGAAGACCAGACUGGAAGAGCUGGAGAUCUGAGCCAUGAAAACAAUUCGCUUCCAUUUGUUAUUGUAUCUGUUCUGCUUCUCAUCCUGAUUAUUAUUGUUGUUAUUAUUGUUGUUAUUAUUGGUUGUUUUCUCAGGAAAUCUCCAGUUUUGUCAAAGUCCAGAUUGAAUCAUUCUGUCUGUCUGUCAACAACCUAAAGAUCAGCUGCAGGUCAUUUGAUUUUUCUCAGCCUGAAUGUAGAAAAGCUGCAGUGAUGCAAUCAUUUUAUAAAAAACUGAAUGACGGGGCGUGUUGUGGUGGUGCAGCGGGUUAGCAGGUUCGAUUCCCGGUCCCGGCGACCCUCUCCACAUGUCCUCCCCCCUCUCCUCACCCUCCUUACUGUCUGCCUACUGUCACAAAAAUACGAGCCGCGAGCGCCACAAAAACUAUUGGAGAAAAAAGAAGAUUUUAUUAAAACAAAAAAAAUAGUUUUUUUAUAAAACAUAGGAAUGUUUUAUAAAAAAACAAUUUUUUUAACAGAAAAAAACUAAAAAAGAAAAAGUUAAAUUUGCAAGAAAAAAAAAUGUGGUGCUGCAGUUUGUUUAGUAUGAUUGUUUACAGUCUUCAUAAAGUCCCUUCAUGCACUUAAUAGUGUCAA